AUGUCAUACGCUGGACGUGAUUUCAUCCGAGAUAGUUCAUCAUCGCAACGACGUGCAUCAGCGGUGAAUGCAGGAAAGACCUUACUGCAGGCCGUAGCGCACUUCCUUAUACUUGCCGACUCGAUAGAUGUUGCGUUGAUUAUUGAAGGAGUAGACAAGGUACGCACUCUUCUCGAUGGUGUCAGAGCUGCCACGUCAAAUCAAGAAGUCAUUGAUCGAUACCAGCUCUUAAUUGCCGAGAUUGAGGAAGUGGAAGAGACUGUAAAAAGACGUAUUGCUGACCUCCGAGACCCGAAUCAGAAGGAUGACCUUCUGGCCUGUAAAGGACACUUGAAGUCGUUAUGUCCUUUACUUUUUGCUACAUCGAAGGCUUUUGUACGUCAUCCUGAAAGUGACGAGGCACGACAGAAUCGUGACUAUGCUCAAGCUGAAGCUAUGUUAGCUUUGAAUGCAAUUGACGCUAUCCUUAGAGGAGAGAAACCUGAUAUGUCGUUCACAUCUCAAGGACGGUUAGGACAACUAAUUAGUGAGCUGGAUCAGUUCCAAAAUCGCGUUUACCUUGAACCAGGAACCUACAAAGCCCACAUUCACCGACCCGAGCUUGAAGAACUUCUUGAACGUAUCGUGAGUGGAUCAGCUGCGAUAGCGGAUUCAGGAAAUACUCGAGCGGAUCGGAAACAAAAGAUUGUGAAUGAAUGCAACAACCUCCGGCAAGCUCUUCAAGAUUUACUCGGUGAAUACGAAAAGAGUGUAAGUUUGUACGAUCUGUUUUUAGUUUAUGAUUUUUAUUUUUAG